GCUGAAGAAAAUAUUCGCUCUCAAGAUAAUGAUUUAUCCAGCAGCUCACAUAUGUGCUCGAAAUCACCAAAAUUACAGAAGGGGUUGGAUUCUGGGAUGGGUAAGGGUGGAAGCAAAUGACCAUGCAUAUCAGAAAAAAGGAAAAGCAAGAAGAGAUCUCAGGGUCAAAGGGUCAAAAAUCAUAAAAUCAAAGCUCAGAUAGGGGCAACAACACUCAGUGCUGUAGUUGCAGCUUACUCUUUGGCUUCAGCUUCGCAUGUAGGUCCAAGCAAAGGCCAGAUUAUCCUUGACGAGGCGCAAGCUACAAUUUGUAUGGGGAAAUUAAUUGGAAUCGACUUUGAAGGGCAAGAAGAUGAAGUGCUAAAGAAGAUUAUUAAGCUCAAACAAUUGGAUGCUGAGAGGGUGGAGCAGAGAAAGAAAUCAAAAUCCAGGGAGGUGAAAAGGAGAAGAAUAAAGAAAAUCAUCAAAGAUAAUAAGGUGGAUAUGGUGCUUUUGCAAGAAACAAAACGGGCUGCUUUUGAUUCAAACCUUGUUCGAUCAAUAUGGCCAGAGGAUAAUUUGGAGUUCAUGGAAGUGGGUGCUAGUGGGAGUGCAGGAGGCCUAGUGUGCGUUUGGAAUCCUGCUAUGUUUGCCUUAGUUGAUUGUUGCUGUUCCAGAAAUUUUAUUCUCUUAGCUGGGAAGAUUAUGCCAUAUUUUGAUUGUGUGGUGAUAAAUGUGUAUGCUCCUAAUGAAGUAACCAAAAGAAGGGAUCUCUGGGAUUUGAUAGCUAGAAUUAAGCCUUUAUUUCCCAACCCUUGGUGUAUAGGUGGAGAUUUUAAUAAAAUCAGGCACUUAGGGGAAAUGGUGGGAAGCUCUAGGAGAAAUGUGGGGAUGAAUGACUUUAACGUUUUCAUCGAUCGUAUGAAAGGGGUGGAGCUGCCAUUGCUGCGUAGAAAAUUUACUUGGAGUGAUUGUAGAGAGGAAGGUAGAUGGAACCGCAUUGAUAGAUUUAUUGUGGAUUCGGAUUGGCUAUUAAGAUUUGAUUACAAGUGUUGGGGUUUGCCUAGAAUUUUAUCUGAUCAUUGCCCUCUUCUUUUAACGGAGGAUAUUAGAGAUUGAGGCCCAAAGCAAUUCAAAUUCUUGAAUUGUUGGGUUCUCCAUCCAGGUUUUUUGGCUUUUGUAGAGAAAUCCUGGAUGGAGGUGUAAGUUGAUGGGUGGGCAGGGUUCAGAUUAAUUAACAAAUUGGGGCACCUGAAGAGGGUUUUGAAGGAGUGUAAUAUAUCUGUUUUUGGUAAUCUUCAUAGUCAGUUGAAGCUGGUUGAGGUUGAGUAACACAAAUUGGAGUUGCUAGCUGAAUCCAGAUUGUU